CGAAGCGAUGCCAGCCCGCCGGCCCGGUCCUCUCCUCGCGAGUUAGCGGCAAGUCCGUGGCGGCGGCGAGAGGGGGGAAAGGGGGUCGCGGGGGGUGGGUUCACGGCAUUCCUCCCCCGCCCGACCGGCUUCGAGCGGGUCCCUCGCCUCGGACUUUGAAAGAGUGGUUGGUCCCCGGGAUCCUCUUUAGUGGGGGAAUCCUUGGGGAUCUGGUGGAGAAGCUGCAGCUUGGGCGCUCGGCGUGGGCGCCCCCUGCUGGACGCUGCUGGAGAAUGGCUGCCCAAUGACUCCGGGUUCGAAUCCUACUCUGCGGCCAGCAUGGAGAAGACUUACUCGCUGACCGCCCACUACGACGAGUUCCAGGAAGUCAAAUACGUCAGCAAGUACAGCAGCAGUACAGCUCUGCCCAACGGGUUCAACUUGCAGCUGGGCACCGCCGGGACCAAAAAAACGCGUUGCGGCCUGCCGCGCUGGAGCCGACGAGAGAUCUGCCUGCUCUCCGGCUUGGUCUUUGCGGCGGGCCUGUGUGCCAUCUUGGGUUGCAUCCUGGUCCUCAAGUAUCUGGCUUUGGAUCAGGCGGCCUACUGCUUGGAAGGCUGCCAAGAACGCCGGGCCUUCACCAAGGCUUCUCGGUUCAUCGCCACCAACAUUGACCCCACCCUUGACCCCUGCAAGGACUUCUACUCCUUUGCCUGUGGCGGAUGGCUGCGCCGGCACGGCAUUCCGGAGGACAAGCUGAUCUACGGCACCAUUGCCGCCAUCGGCGAGCAGAACGAGGAGAAGUUGCAACGGCUGCUUCAGCAGCCCGUGCGGCGUCCCUACCGGGCUUCGGCCGAGCGAAAAGUCAAGGAUUUUUUCCGUUCCUGCCUGGACAUGAGGGAGAUUGACCGGCUGGGGGCCUGGCCGAUGCUGGAGGUCAUUGAGGACUGUGGAGGAUGGGAUAUGGGGGCCCUGGAUAGGCAAGGCCAGUGGGACUUCGACGAGCUGCUGUACAAGACGCAGGGAGUCUACAGCACCACGGUCUUCUUCGCCUUGACGGUCAACCUGGACAGCAAGAAUUCGUCUCGCUAUGUCAUCCGGAUUGACCAGGAUGGGCUGACCUUGUCCGAGAGAACACUCUACCUGGGCCAGGAUGACGAAAGUGAAAAGAUCCUGGCUGCGUACGGGGUAUUCAUGGAGCGCCUGUUGCACCUGCUGGGCGCCGAACAUGUGGAACAGAAAGCCAAGGAGAUUCUCCAGCUGGAGCAGAGGCUGGCCAACGUAACUAUCUCCGAAUACGAUGACCUGCGGAGAGACAUCAACUCCAUGUACAAUAAAGUCACACUGGGAGAACUGCAGCGCAUCACACCCAACUUAAAAUGGAAGCCUCUUCUGGACAGGAUAUUCCACGAGCGUUUUUCAGAAGAGGAAGAGGUGGUGCUCUUAGCCACCGAUUACAUGCAGCAGGUCUCGGAGAUCAUCCAGACGACCCCCAUCAGGAUCCUUCACAAUUACAUGUUGUGGCGCAUCGCGGUGGUGCUGAGCGAGCAUCUCUCCACCCCGUUCCGAGAUGCCAUCCACGAGUUCGCCAAGGAGAUGGAGGGGGCCGAGAAGCCGAUGGAGCUGGCCAAGACCUGCCUCAGUCAAGCUAACAAGCAUUUUGGAAUGGCUUUGGGGGCUCUGUUUGUGGAGGAAUAUUUCUCCUCCACCAGCAAGGCCAAGGUGCAACAGUUGGUGGAAGAUAUCAAGCACAUUCUGGACCAGCGACUCGAAGAACUGGAAUGGAUGGAUGAAGAAACCCAGAGAGCAGCCCAAGCAAAGUUGAAACACAUGAUGGUGAUGAUCGGAUAUCCGGACUUCCUUCUCAGCCCCGGAGCAGUGGACAAGGAAUAUGAGUUUGAAGUCCACGAGAAGACCUACUUCAAGAACAUCCUGAACAGCAUCAAGUUCAACAUCAAGCUGUCGGUGAAGAAGAUCCGUCAGGAAGUGGACAAGUCCGCAUGGCUGUUACCGCCGCAAGCCCUGAAUGCUUAUUAUCUUCCUAACAAGAAUCAACUGGUGUUCCCAGCUGGAAUUCUGCAACCGACACUCUACGAUCCUGAAUUCCCACAGUCUUUGAAUUAUGGAGGGAUUGGAACAAUUAUCGGGCAUGAGCUGACCCACGGCUACGAUGACUGGGGCGGGCAGUACGACCGGUAUGGCAACCUGGUGCACUGGUGGACAGACGCCUCCUACAGCAAGUUCCGCAAGAAGGCCGAGUGCAUUGUGAACCUCUACGACAAUUUCACCGUCUACAACCAGAGGGUGAACGGGAAACACACACUGGGAGAAAACAUUGCAGACAUGGGGGGACUUAAACUUGCUUAUUACGCAUAUCAGAAAUGGGUGCGGGAACACGGCCCGGAAAACCCGCUGCUGUGGCUGAAAUACACGCACGAGCAGCUGUUCUUCAUCGCCUUUGCUCAGAACUGGUGUAUUAAACGGCGCUCCCAGUCCAUCUAUCUCCAGGUGCUGACCGACAAACACGCGCCCGAGCAUUACAGGUACCAGCCAGGGCAUCCGGGGGACCCCGAUUGGGGUCAGAGAUGGGAGAGAGGCAGGAUACACCGAGGACCUGCUUUCCCCACUAAUAGGGAAUUCUGGGAGUUGAAGUCCAGACCGUGGGAAGCUGUUGGAAGCUGACAAAGGAAGCUGGUUUAGCAUUUGGGAGGAAGCCAAAAAUACGUUGUUUUUUUUUUUUUUUGAUGAGUAGUUUUAUUGUUUUGCUUUGUUUAUUUUAUUGUUUUAUGUUUUACGUUACUGUAUGGGUGUAUUGUGUUGUUUUGUUCUUCUGUUUUUUUUGGUAGUGUGUUGUUUUAUUUUGCUUUUUUUAUCCGAAUGCUAGUUUUAUACAUAUGAGGCUGGGGAACGUGCCUAAUAGUCCUUCCUCCUUCUAUUUCCCUGUAACGACAACCCUGGGUUAGGUUGAGAGACAGUGACUGGCUCAAAGUCACCCAGCUGGCUUUCAUGUCUAGGGCAGGACUAGAACUCCCAAUCUCCUGGUGACUCGCCCAAAGUCUCCCAGCUGGCUUUCGUGUCUAAGGCAGGACUAGAACUCCCAAUCUCCUGGUGAUUUGCCCAAAGUCACCCAGCUGGCUUUCGUGCCUAAGGCAGGACUAGAACUCACCGUCUCCUGGUUUCUAGCCUAAUGCCUUUCCCUCUUUCUUCCCACUAUGCUGGUUGAUCUCCCCAAUCCUCGCCUUUCCUCCUCUCUUCUCUCCCCUUUGCAGGGUGCUGGGCAGCGUCUCCCAGUUUGAGGAGUUUGGACGGGUCUUCCACUGUCCCAAGGACUCCCCCAUGAACCCUACACACAAGUGCUCCGUCUGGUGAAGCGCCCAUCUGCCCCGUCCCUGCCUGCACCCAGCCUCUAUCAACACACCGGCCGCCAUCGUCCUGAUCCAUGCCACUGGCCAGGCAGCAGGAGAGGCGAGAAAUCCUCCUAAAAUUCCUAGAGCGGUCUGGCCUCCGGGGAUAGGCCACGCCUGCCAACAGCCCCCCCCCUCUGCACCCCAAAAAUCUUUGGGGCACCAGAGUAAAAAAUAGCUAACACAAGUCUAACAUACCUCCUGUGAUCUCUUUCCAUCUGUACAAUCGCUCAAGACACAAAAGGAACGGCUUCCGAAGGGACAUUUUGCUGCUGUUCGUUUUGGACCCUGCCAAAGCUUUUCUGCUCUGCCUCCAGACCCAAUAUUAUUAUUAUUAUUAUUAUUAUUAUUAUUAUUAUUAUUAUUAUUAUUAUUAUUAUUAUUAUUUUGGGACUGUGUGUGUUUUGCUAUUCUAGUUUAUUGUGCUAACGCCGCUCAAGUUCCAAAGCUACGAGUAGUCUUCAACGUACAACCGUUCAUUUAGCCAAGGCACCAACAAACAUGAGUUAUAACCAGGACUCACAACUGAACACGGCGUCCCCGUAGUCACGGGAUCAAAAUUCAGAGGCUCAGCAACGGGCUCAUGUUUAUGACGGUCGCAGUGUCGCGGGAUCACGUGAUCACCAUUUGCGACCUUCCCAGCCAGCUUCCAACACGCAAAGUUAAUGGGGGCAAAAUCUGGAUUCACUUUAACGAUGAGACGAUUCGCUGAACGACGGCGGCCAUCCGCUGAACACCCGUGGCAAGAAAGGUCGUAAACUUAAUAACUGCCUUGCUUAGCAACGGAAUUUCCGUGGCCGUAAGUUGAGGGCUACCUACACGUGAUGCCUCGUCUAACCUUUUCGCUGGGUUCAAUACUAUCCCUUCGGUGUUCUGAUUUGAUUUGAUUUGAUUUAAAUUCAGCUGGACCAACGCGACGGCAUUUUGUAAUUAAUUAUAAUUUGCUGUAAGCCUUUUUUUUUUUUUAACAAAAAAAUAUUAUUUUUCGAUUUUCUCCCUGCACGCUCUUGAAUUACCUCCCUGGAGGGUCAGGAUGAUGGACCGGACUUUUAUUCAGGUGGAUUGUAGAACUAAAAUUUCCAUGAGCUGCUGACGGUCACCGUGUCCCUCAAAUCAGCACCCCAGAUUAGAAUUGGGGUUCGGUCCAGCCCCCCUCCCGCUUCUCCCCAGCUGGCCCUUUCUUCUUUCUGUGCCCGAGACUCUUGGGGAGAGAGUGUGUUGAGCAGAGAAGCACAAAUUGUCCUAUCGCUCAAACAAGGUCUGGUUUAGCCACACAAACACAAACUCGGGAAAGGACUGGAGGAGUCUGUGGCUUGUUUGCUUAAUCACGAUCGUGGCCUGAUGCCAGCUUAUCUGAUCAGCUCGGGGCCCUUAACUCUGAAAGAGGCCUCCGGGAUGAGUCCCAAGGCAUGACCCCCAAUUCAGAAGAAUAGAAUAGCAGAGUUGGAAGGGACUUUGGAGGUCUUCUAGUCCAACCCCCUGCUCAAGCAGGAGACCUUAGAUCAGGGGUCUUCAAACUUGGCUCUUUUAUGA